ACAGAAGGGCCCUGGAGCAUCACUGGGUGACUCUCUCCUUACCACCUGAGGUGAGGUCAGUGCCUUGCCUGCUACCAACACCCCUUUUCAUGGGCCACCCUCAGCUUCAGCUUCUUUCACCCAGCUGUGGCUUUGCAUGGUCCCCCACUGCUCAUGUCAGUGGGCCCGUUCUCAGAGUGGAAUGGGGACCAUUUGAAGGGUGCAGGGAUCGUCCUUUCACUCUUGUCCCCCUAUGGGUCAGGCUCAUGUGAGAAGCCAAGACCAGGCUGUCCAAGGCUCUCUUUCCAUACUUCAGCAAGUCUGAGUCCCAUGUCCUCCCAACAGCCCAACUCUUGUCUUGGUUCUGCUCUGAGUCCAGUCUCCUCUCCGUCACAUCCCCCAAUCUCAUCCCCAAAAGACUGUCUCAGAAGCCCCCAAGCAGCCUUGCCUCCUAGCCUAACAGCUGGAGAUACUGGCACUCCCGGGGAGGAGUUUUAUGAUGCAUCCUCCGAACCUAGUUCCAUCUCCUGGCUUCCCUGGCUCUGUCCCUGGCAUCCCUGGCCCCUGAUCACAGAGACCACAAACCUCGGACACUUGGGUCUUCCCCAUCGUGUUGAUAUCUGUGUGUGGCCUGGGUCACGAGUCCUGGUCCACUCUGCCUCCACAGACACAAGCACGACCCCAAUCGUGAGUGCCUCCUCCAGCUUGGCAUCCCCGCUGCCUCUCACACCUCACCCUAGUCCUGACCCUGCCGCAGCCCCGGAUCCGCUUGUCCCAUCAGCCACCAGACUGUGCAUUUCUAUAGCUCUGUUGUUGCUGGAGCUGGCACUAGGCUGCUUGCUCCUCCUCUUCCCCGGGAAGUGCCCUCCCCUCCUUUUAGGGCCAGCACUCCAGCUCGUGUUCCAAGGCCUCAGCCUGGCUCUGAGAGAUUCCUGCACACAAGGCCAAAGAAUGCUGUCAGCACAGUUCCCGCAGCAUGGCCCAAGCGGGGCUGGACACAGCUGGACUGACUGGAGCUUCAAGAAGCAGGGAUUCUGAAGAAGAGGGCUGUUCGGGGCUUCUCGAGAGCCAGAAUCAGCUCCAGAGAAGGCGGCUUUGCUUUUCUCUGUGACGGGCCCCAGAGAGGAAGUUGUUACAGAUAAAUAGAACCAGGCACGCCAGCUCCUGACACAUCCAUCAAGACCAUGGGACAGAACUGGACACCAGAUCGCAGCCCUUUGCCAGUCCUGCUUUUGUGUGCCCACAUGAUCUGUCACCUGGUUGGAGCCACACCUGUACCUCAGGCCACUGCCACUGCCUCAGCUGGGGUCACAAAGGACCCCUGCCCCUCCUGGCUCCCAAGAGCUAAGCGGUGCCCAGCAUUGGAGGUGACCUGGCCAGAAAUGGAAAUCGCACUGAGCUGGGCUGAAGACCGGUCUGCCUUCUACUCAAGAAGCCCCACCCUCCAGCACGUCACCUCUGCCUCGUCAUCGCGACAGGUGACUUCCCAAGCCUGGUUGAGUCGUCGCCUCUUCCCUGGGGUCUACACGCUCUUGCAGCUCAGGCCUCCCUCUAACAGACUGUCUCAGGGAAGGGAUGCGCUAAAUGCUGCUUCUGAUCCACAGGUGCAUCCUGGUCACACCCAGCAGGGCCCACAGUGGGCGUGCAUAAAUGAUUUUUCACUGGAGGUGUGACAUCUGCCUGUCAUUUAAGCCGUCCUUCCACUUACAGAACUUGGCUCAUCCCAAGAGGGAGUGUGGGAAGAGAGGGACUGUUACUCAGAAUGUAAAGACAAGGCCAGGAGAGAAGGUACAUAGCUGGGAAAACUUGGCAGGGACAAAGAUGUGCUCUAAAAAGAGCGAAAUUUCCCUUUUCCUGCACAGAUCAAGACCGCUCAGCACUUAAGGGAGAAAAAUAGACUUUAUUUACAAGUAAUAACAUUUAGAAAAGAUCCAUCCCUGGCCCUUAAAAACCUUCCUAUCACUCCAAAUCCCACCCCAGAGUUAAGUCUGGGGAAGGUGGGGGAUGAGCUGCAGCUGAAGGCUGCCCCUGCCCCUGCUGCCGCACCCAGGCGUGGGGCCCAUCUGUUCUGGAAAAAAGGAUCUUCUGGGCAUCCAAGCCCUUGGGUGGAUGGGAGCACCUAUGGGUGCACCCACUAGGUCAGUGCCCAGUCCUGGACUUAAAAAGCGCAGGGCCCUAGUGGGCCCAGCCACCAAGAGCAGCAGGAAAUCAGGGCCUGCUCCUCCAAUGGUCCCUUCUGGAUCCAGAGGCUGGGGAGGUCUGACUUGGGCCUCGGGCCCAGCCACUCAAAGCCAGCCUCAAGUCUGUUUGUGAUGAAGAAGUGACUUCGCUCUAAGAAAACAUGAGGAGGCAAGGUAGGGAGAAGACCCAGACUCUCCAGGCCUCCGGGGCCAACUCUGUGGACACAUCUGUUCACCUAGCGAAGGCUCCGGUGAAGAUCCAGGUACCAGGCCAGGGUGUGGGCACGCAUCACUGUUUCUAGGGGUCUGGCCACUGUUGGCCUGGGAGCUGAGAGAAGGCACUGAAAGGGACAGUAGAAGGAGAAGGACCAGGCGAGGUUGGCAUUGAGGACACAGGUAGGGGCCUCUCACUGGUCCUGGCCCUUUAGUGCUUUGCCUGGAAAAGAGAAACAUAGUCACAUGCACGGCUGGAGACCGGUGAUGCCAGCCAGAACCAGAUGGCUCAAGGAGGCCUCUCAGAGCUCCCAAAGCCCCUGACUAGGAUCCCUUUCUUGGGAGUGACCCGGACACCUCUACCUUCAGGUUCUCAGUUGCCAGCUAUGCCCAAGCAGCCCUAAGUCUCCUCUCCUCCACCAGCAGGUAACCAAGGCAGGGGGCACCCACACUUUGCAACCACCUCUAGCAGCCUACCUAAGCCCUGUCACGGAAGCCUCCCGAAGGGUGGCCUGGGGGAGUACCCCACUUCCACCCACUUUCCUAAGAGUCCACCACCCCCUUCCCUGUCAGUGCUUCCACCUUGCCCUUGGCCCGAGGGGUGGCAGUGGCGGCAGCAAGGGCAGCGGCAGUGGCGGCACUGGCCGCGGUGGUAGCAAUGCGCGGAGAGCGGCGGGUCCCACUGCGGGUGUUGGGAGAGGCCUUGGACAGAGCUUUCUUUGAGGCUCCCCUCCGCAGCAGGCUGUUCCCGAGCUUCUUGGGCGUGUUAAGGAUGCUGAAAGCCAUGGACUGGCGGCGGUCAGCCUGUUGGGGAGAGAGGGGCUGUUAAACUGGGCUGCACUCACACUCUGCCACCAAGACCUCCCAGGGGCUCCCUCCAGCCCCCUGUACUAACCUGUUUAAUAGCCGGAGCAGCAGCUUUCUUCUGGGCCUCCGUAGUGCUCUGUUUGCGCCCUUCAUGUCGGUCCCGGGGAGUCAUGGGGCGUGGGAAACAGCUGGUGGCCUUCUUAGACUAUGGGGAAGAGAAGUUGACAUCCAAAGCCAGACAUGUGUCUCUGCAUCAAGCCCUUGGAGAGCGAAGGCUCCCCUUUAGUCCACUUUUCAAAUUUGGGGAGCUGGGCUAGACUAGGCAAGCUGAUAGGACAAAAAGUAGCCAGGGUUGCCUACCUCUGGGGUACCAGGACCCUGAUGGGGCUCUGAGGAGACCCGUUUGCGCUGCUGCCGGGUGGUGAUGCCCGUGCCCUCAGCUAUCUGGGCUGGCUGCAUGCUGGCUCGGCGCAGGGUCUCCCGGGGGUCACCAGUUUUCAUCUCCUCAUCUGUGAUGGUAGCCAGGCUCAGAGAAGGCUGCAUGGGGUGGAAGAAGUGGUCAAGGGGGGGCAGAACUGCCCCCAGAACUCCUCAUUGGCCUGAUGUGCAGGGCAGCUCAGGCCUUCUGUGGCAGAAGGCCUCCUUGCCGUUGUCUUCCUCUACUCUUGCCCUGCAGGAUGGCCACAGGAGGCGGCAGAGCAGACCUCCACAAACUCAGGGCUGCCCACAGGGAGUUCACCCCAAACCCUUCUAUGCCAGCUAGUCCAUGGAAGCAUAAGGUCACCCUCUGCAGCAGGCCAGAGACUCAGGGCACUAGGAUAAGUGACUAGUACUGGGGUGGCUUGCUAAGGGAGGAGGAGGGGAGCUGGCCUGGGGCCUGAGCUCACCCUAGACUCCAGGGGGUAGCAGGUCUUCAAGUGAGGGGGGCACACCCGGUUGCGCUGCUGCAACUCUGCGAUGCGGUUCCAGUCGUCCAGCUGCUCGGGCUCAUCCUGGCAAGUGCCCAUGUAGAAGCUGUUCCUUCCUGUGGAGGGCCAGGAGACAGGAGCAGGUGGGACUGGAAGGCCAGGAAGAGUGAGGGGAACAGCAGGGGGUCACCCCCUGGUCCUGGCAUCUUGCUAACCUUUGUGUCCACCACUUCUGUCCCCCUGUCCCAUGGACUUGAGGCUUGGAGCCUCAGAGUCCUAUUGUGCUCAGGGCUGCAGAUAGCAGGGCAAGGCUUAUAGGGCAUUUCUACCAUGGGGCUGGCUCACCACUCUCCCUCUGGGGAGGUCAAAGGAUAUCUUCCGCAGAGGCUGUGACACCUUAGAGAAACAGGACCGGGAAUUGGGGUCCAGGACCUAGGGGGUCCUGGAGGGCAAGAGUCUUCAGGAAGAAUCUAAGAACAGAACACUGGCCCAGCAGAGCUCUUCUGGCACCCCUUACCCCCUGAGAUGGGGUAACAGAGGACCUGAGCUGACCAUCACUAUAAGGCUGGGAAUCCUGGGCCCCUUGUGUGAAUGUUUCCCAUUCACCCAGGCUGAGAUGAAGAGCAGCCUAAGGGACAGACAAGGCCCUGAGACUACAGGGAAGAGGGCCAGGCAAGGUACUGGAAGGUAAUUAGCCUUAGGGUUUUAGAAGUUUGUCCCUUUCCUGUGCCAGAGUCUGUGUUUCAAGCGCCUAUGGUCACCUCACCUGGAGGGACCCCACUGGAUACACCAGCCUGGGAGCGGCGAGCAGAGCUGCGAGUGGUGGGCCGGUACCCUGGUAGACUGAGCAGAGCCGAGUUGCCAUCAUCAGGAGAGCCCAGACGGGCUAGAGACUGGGUAGAAGAUGUGGCUCGUGGGCCAGCCUGGGAGGCAGGGGCGGACUGGGUGCUGUAGAAGGAUGAAUUGGCGCUGUCCGGCUCUUCCACAUCUAGCUUCUGGAAGAGAGAAUUAAUCCGGUGGGGUGGGGCCCUGUCAGUCCACAAAGCAGUCUCCCGUUCCCCUUCCUAAAAUGCCUGUGUUCCCACACUGCUUUAUAGGGAUCCUUAGCUGCAUAUCUGCAAGAAACAGGCCUUGUUGCUAAGAAUCCUGCAUAAGGUGCUGAGGCCAUACCCAUUUUCUCUUGCCUGUUGACCGUGCUUUGAAGGAAGGCAGGCAGAGUUGUGUAUCAGACCAGUUUAGAAUCAAAGUGUAAAAAAAUAAAGGAUCGGCCUACCGGUCUCAGCUAGCAAGUGGCAGAGCCAGGGCUGGAAUGCUUGGUCCUGGGCUAGUCAGGCUCAUCCCAUAGUCUCCACUGUCCCCUCAACUGGAGCUGGCCAUGACCCUGUCCAUCUUUUAGUUCUCCAGCUUCUUGGUAGCAAAGGGCAACCCACACAACGGAGGUGCGCUUUGCUGCAUGAAAGGUACCUCCCCAUUCCCCAACCUCCUCAGGAUAUGGGAACAGGACCAGCCAGAGUUUCCAGCCUGGCAGGCAGCCUCUGGAUGGCCACAACGCAUCUCAGCCACCCAGGUGGUGUGCUGGAGGCCCAGGGCUGGGCAAUAACUUCACAUUAUCUCCCUUCAGCCUGCACAGGCUCAGUGCUACCCAUGGAAAGAAACCUGCCUUAAAACCAAUAGGCAUCCAAUUUCAGCCCUGCGCUUUUCUACAAAAGAGGCCUUUGUUUCUUGGGAUCUUAAGAUACAGCUUAAUCAGUCCGGCCAGCCUUGGGAGGCUACUGUGAGGACCCGAUGGGGAAGAUGCCCUUAUGAGCAAGGGAGCAUGACUGGCUUACAGUCCCACUCUCAGCAGCCUGACCUUGGUCAUGGUGAUAUUGAUGAUUUGCGUGGUACGUCGACGAGCAGAGCGGGUCUUCCGGCCUGAAUCCAGGAAGACGUCCCCCAAGGAGUCCAGGCUGCUCUCCAGUGGGGCCUGACCCCGAGCUGGGAUUGGGGUGAAGUAGAGAGACUCCAGGGAUUCUACCUUGGGGGGCAGGCGCUGGGAGAUGGGUGAGGCUGGCUCUCCAGGGAUGCUGGUGCCAUCUGGCUGAGUUCGAGGCAGCUUGCUGUAGAAAAGGCAUUUUGUUCAUCCCUUUGCUGCAAAGUUACCAACUCCUACAUUUACUACAAGUGGACCAGGUCAAGCACCCCAUUUUUUCUCUGAUUUUUGAGAAGUAACCAGGACAGCCCUUACCCCAGGCCCUCCCUUCCCUCUCCAUUCCGGGUGAGCCCAUCUACUCCCACGGCUCUCUGAGCUCCUUAACACUGGCAACUCCGGGACUCCACUAUCCCAGACAUCGCCCCCUGGACACCCAGCUCCACAGUGUUCCUCCUGGAUGACCCACUCCAGAGAACAAGAGCAGCCUCCAGCUGUGCACCCCCAGCCACAAUCCUACCCAACAGCUCGUCCGUUCACAUCUCUUUGGCCAGUCCGCCUUAUCUCCUCUCACCUAGACUUAGUGGCACCUGAGGGGAGGUACGAGCCUGGUGACAAGCAGGGGUUCAAGCCUACCUCUACCACUGUGGGACCUUGGUCAAAUGACUGCCCCUCUAUGCCCCAGUCUCAUCUGUUAAGUACUUAAUCACAGAACCUACCUCAGAGGAUUGUGAGGGGUAAAUAAAUGCAUUAAUAUUUU